AUGCUACUAGACUUAAAUCUGAAGAUUAUAAGUGAGAUUCACAGAUGGCUCAACUCAUUCUACACUCAUCAGUUUCAGCAUGAUAAGAAGUUUGUCAGUGACAUGCAGAUGAAUGUCAUUAUGAAUCAUGUCUCAAUGAAUACAUUUAUUAAAUAUUAUCAGAUUCAGUGCCAUGCUAAUCUGCAGAAAGUGAUGUGUGAACUUGACCUGAACUGA